AUGUCAUCUGCUAAUGUCGACAUGGAAUGCCAGUCAACAACAUACAAGCGAAGAUUGGCUGAUGAUAAUGAUGAUUCGAGCAAUGUAAGCAAAGUUAAGAUCAAUGUGCAAUGUGAUACCAUCAAACAAAACCACCGAGAACCUGCUAUUGAACAAACGAACUCUCAACAACAGGUGGAUUUCACAAAUCUAUGUGUGCUAAUUAAAGCUACUAAGGCAGGCCGUCAAUUGCGAUCAUAUAAUCCGCUCGUUGUAUCGGAUUCUCUAAAGAAAUUAAUAGGUGAAUGCAAAAGCAUCCGUCCAUUACCUUCUGGCGACUUGCUCGUAAAAUGCGUCACAACGAAGCAAUUUAGCGCCUUGAUUGCAUGUAAUAAUCUAGGAAACGCUUCAACGUCGAUCCUCGUCAAAACGGAAAAAUACCUGAGUCGAGAUUUUUCUGCACAGUGCGUUAUCAAACACGUUCCAGAAGAUUUGACAGUCAAUGAGAUAGCUUGCUUCCUUGCUAAAUUCCGCGUUGUACAAGCAAAGCGACUAAAACGUAAAACAAGCUCGGGCUUUGAACUUUGCUCUACGGUCUUAUUGAAUUUCAGCACAAAUAUUGUGCCUUCUACGGUUGAGAUUGGAUACCUGAGGUUCAAGACCCAUGAAUAUAACCCACCUCCGAUACGGUGUUUCAAUUGUAACAGAUAUGGGCAUAUUGGUAAACAUUGUCGCGGUGAGAAGCGCUGCACCCGCUGCGGCGGAGAACACGAACAAGCAUCAUGCAAUGCUACACCACAUUGUACAAAUUGCGGUCUUUCUCAUAGUGCUGCAUAUGCAGGAUGUAAGAGAUAUAAAGAAGAAGAUCAAAUUCAGAUUAUUCGUAAAAACAAAAAUUUAAACUACUCCGACGCUCGCGAAUCUAUAUAUCUUUCAAAAAAGAAAGCAUCUGGCCAAGUAAAUAAAAAUCUUUUUCUGUCCUAG